AUGGCUGCGGUGUUGAUGGCAACAUGGGAGGCUCUAUCAAGUACAAUGGUUUCAGCCUUGGUCAGUGGGGGCCCGGUCUCAUUAUUUUAUGGUUUUAUUGUGGCCUUCAUUGGUGCUGUAGCAACUGCUGCAUCGCUGGGUGAAAUGACCUCAAUGUACCCUACCGCUGGUGGACAAUACCAUUUCGUCGCAAAGCUUGCUCCGAAGAAAUGGCAGUACAUUCUCAGUUGGCUCACGGGAUGGAUAGGAACCUUUGGCUGGGUUGCCUUCACAGCCAGUGCACCCUUCCUGGCCGCAACAAUGGUCCAAGGCCUCAUCACGCUCAACUCCGAAUCAUAUGUCUUCCAACGAUGGCACGGAACGAUGAUAUACUGGGCACUAUUACUGGGGUCAGGCGUGAUGAACGUAUGGGGAACUCGUCUGAUGGCUUUGAUUGAAGAUGCCUCUCUCAUUAUACAUAUUGUUGCAUUCAUCGUGGUCUUCGUGGUCAUGUGGGUGUGUGCUCCGGUCAGACACUCAGCCAGCUUUGUGUUUACAUUGUUCCAAAACAACUCGGGCUGGUCCAGUGAUGGUGUUUCUUGGAGUAUUGGAAUGCUUUCAAGCUGUUAUGUUUUAGCCGGAUAUGAUGGUGCAAUUCAUCUCUGUGAAGAAAUGCUGAACCCAGCGGUUUCUGUUCCAUGGUGUAUGCUUGGAUCUCUUGUUAUCAAUGGUGUUAUGGGAUUUGCAUUUUUGCUGGCAAUUCUCUUUUGUAUGGGGGAUAUGGCGACCGCGCUCAACUCUACUACGGGGUUUCCGAUCAUUGAGAUCUUCAACAGUGUUACUGGUAGCCCAGCUGCUGCGACUGCUAUGACUUGCACCCUCAUUGUGAUAGCUUCUCUGGCCACUAUUCCGCUGAUGGCAUCGACAGCGCGUAUGCUCUGGUGCUUGGCUCGUGAUAAAGCCUUUCCCUUAUCAAAUCUGCUUUCAAGGGUUAGCAAAAAAGAUCGGGUUCCCAUCUGGUCGGUAGUAACCGUCUUUGUAUUCCUUUUUAUUCUUGGCUUUGUCAACAUUGGCUCGACCACGGCAUUCAACGCAAUCCUUUCUCUCGCAGUCUUCGGACUUCAUGUUUCAUACAUGCUGCCAGUUAUUUUUAUGUUUUGGCGUCGUUUGUGUACACCAGAGAUCUUGACCUAUGGGCCAUGGAAGCUUGGAGGCUUCGGUGUGCCGGUCAACAUCAUCUCCCUGGUAUAUUUGGGGUUCACGUGUAUAUUCAUGUUGUUCCCUUCGUACCAGCCCGUCACACCUGUGAAUAUGAACUAUGCAUCACUGAUUUUUGGUGUGGUUCUCAUCUUCAGCAUGGUUUACUGGUUUUGGAAAGGCCGAAAAGUUUACGAAGGGCCUGUUAUGGAUGGUUCUGUCCAUUAG